CAGUGCCUCUUUAAAAGCGUCCGGGGCUGAGCCUCUGUCGCACCAUGUGAUUGCUUGAAAGGCCGGGCUGGGAGCGCAGCGGCGGGAGCCCGGAGAAGAUGAGCCGAUGCGCGCGCGGUGCCCAGAGCCCAGCCCAGCCCGGCGCGGCUCGGGCUCCGGAAAGCCACCCGGGGAACUUAGGGCAACGCCUUUGGGACCCCCUACUGGUUGGCAGGCAGGAUGGUGAGCUCCCGGUUUCCGGGUCGGCGGACACCUGUGGGCAUUGUGGAUGCAUAGGGGAUCCUUGUGGAGUGAGUGUACUGGAAGCCACCUCACACCUGAUACAAAAACCAGUGGUGGAGUGAGUGCUGCUAUUUUAAGUUGCUGAAUGGAACCUCUGAGGACAAGGGGGAGGGGACAGAGGUUAAGCAGACAGUGAGCCAGCCUGGCCAGCCUGGGAAGGCACUGCGUCUGCUAACUGGGGCACAUCUUCGCAGGGCUGCCUAUGUUCCCCUCCUUCCCAGGCUGGCAUCCCCGUCGCAGGCUUCCUGACCACACAGGUGCUGGCCUCGUGCCCCAGGGCGCCUGUCUGCUGAUGUGCCCAGCUCCUGCCCACCAUGCCGCCCUACAUCUCAGCCUUCCAGGCUGCCUACAUUGGCAUCGAGGUGCUCAUUGCCUUGGUCUCUGUGCCCGGAAACGUGUUGGUGAUUUGGGCUGUGAAGGUGAACCAGGCGCUUCGCGAUGCCACCUUCUGUUUCAUCGUGUCACUGGCGGUAGCUGAUGUGGCGGUUGGCGCCCUGGUCAUCCCACUGGCUAUCCUUAUCAACAUUGGGCCACAGACCUACUUCCACACCUGCCUCAUGGUGGCCUGUCCUGUCCUCAUCCUCACCCAGAGCUCCAUCCUAGCUCUGCUUGCUAUUGCUGUGGAUCGAUACCUCCGAGUCAAGAUCCCUCUCCGGUACAAGACAGUAGUGACCCAGCGGCGGGCAGCAGUGGCCAUAGCUGGCUGCUGGAUUCUCUCCCUUGUGGUAGGCCUGACACCCAUGUUUGGCUGGAACAACCUGAGUGUGGUGGAGCAAGCGUGGGCAGCUAACGGUAGUGUGGGGGAGCCCGUGAUUAAGUGUGAGUUCGAGAAAGUUAUCAGCAUGGAGUACAUGGUCUACUUCAACUUCUUCGUCUGGGUGCUGCCCCCGCUGCUCCUCAUGGUCCUCAUCUACCUGGAAGUCUUCUACCUGAUCCGCAAGCAGCUCAACAAAAAAGUGUCAGCGUCCUCUGGCGACCCGCAGAAGUACUACGGGAAGGAGCUGAAGAUCGCCAAGUCUCUGGCCCUCAUCCUCUUCCUCUUUGCCCUCAGCUGGCUGCCACUGCACAUCUUGAACUGCAUCACCCUCUUCUGUCCCACCUGCCAGAAACCCAGCAUCCUCAUCUACAUCGCCAUCUUCCUCACGCACGGCAACUCGGCCAUGAACCCCAUCGUCUACGCCUUCCGAAUCCACAAGUUCCGGGUCACCUUUCUGAAGAUAUGGAAUGACCAUUUCCGGUGCCAGCCCAAGCCUCCCAUCGAUGACGACCUCCCAGAGGAGAAAGCCGAUGACUAGACUCUUCCUUGCUCCCACCUGCCCCCACAGCCAGCGGCUCUCUCUUCGGCCCUUGUGUCCCCACUGUCUCACUGUUCCUCCCCAGCUGGGAUGUGGGCUGUGGGCACCAGGGAGGCUCUGAGGAGAUGCCAUAGAGCAGGGCUUCUUCUUCAAGUGAGCCAGCUGCCCUGUCCUUGGAGACCUGGAGGAGGCUUGGAGGUGGGACAGGCUGUGGCAGGGACCUGGAGUAGGUGAGAGGAAUGUUUUUGCGUGCCCCGUUCCUGGUUGUUCUCUGAGCAGUACAGAGAUUCGGGGCUAGAAUACUCUGACGCCUACAGUCACUAAGUGGAGCCUGUUACUAGGUGUUGGUGGCCCAAGGGACCAACCUCGAGGAGGUGAUGAGGCCUUUUUAGAGGUACAGGGAUAAAUAGAAAUGGGUAUGCCCUGGCUUUGCUUUCUCUACUGUUGUGUAGGAAAGGAUAGCAAACCGCAGGGAAAAGAGACUUCAGCCCCACCUCCAAGGAUUUGUACUCCUAUCCAUGCAGGUGCUGUGAUGCCUGCUUUCCUUACACAGAGAAGCCUGGGGUUAUACUUGGGAGAGGUAGAAAGGAUGGCUGGGUCCUGGGAUGGCCUCUCACCUUUGCUUUAUUCACAGUCCGGAACU